UGGAGUUUUUUGCUUAACCGAGUGGAAGGAAGAGUAGAGCACAUUCCAGAGAACAUCAAAGGAGGCCAAUAACCGAGACUGACUUUAUUUGGCACUGCCCGAAAUACGCUUUUCUGUGGUAUACAAAGCAGGCCCCAAUCAUAUUGCCUUUACUCCAAUAUUGCAUUAGCAUAGCCAACUUUUACCUCCAUUAUUACUUCGCCGUUCCCUUUUGCUUUCCCGUUUGGACACCAUAGUCGCCUGGCUUCUUCUCUUCUCUUCUCCUCUCCUCCCGGUGCGCUCGUUUGUGAUUGGUUGCUGUUAGUCGGAAUCAAUGGUUACUCCCACUCCAUACCAUCUCCUGUCUCCAAGAACCAUCGUCACCAAGAUCAUCAGCAUGAAGCAGCAGGAGCCGGAGCCGCCCAAGAUCAUCCUGCAGCCCCGGCACCGGACCAGCCCGGCGAUGUGGUGCGCCGCCAUCGUCUGCUUCGCCUUCAGCGUCCUCCUCAUCCUCGUCGGCCUGGUGAUCCUCAUCGUCUUCCUGACGGUGAAGCCAAGGACGCCGUCCUUCGACGUCGCCCACGCCGCCCUCAACAGCGUCUACAUCGGCUCGCCCCCGCCCUACUUCAACGGCGACAUGACGCUGACGGCCAACAUCUCCAACCCCAACCACAAGAUCGGCGUCGUGAUCCACUCUGGGGCCAUCGAGCUCUUCUUCCGGGGCAGGCUGGUGUCGGCGCAGGCGCUGCCGUCGUUUGCGCAGCGGCGGGGGCAGUUCACAGUCCUCAACGUCCACAUGCUGUCCAGUCAGGUGGUGCUACCGCCGGAGGUGGCCGUGGAGCUGCUGAACCAGAUGAAGAGCAACAAGAUCCUCUACACCAUCAGAGGGACCUUCAAGGUCCGGGAAAGGUUCUGGUCUUGGCACUACACCUACCGGAUGACUGCCAUUUGUGACCUGGAGCUCACCGCGCCUCCCUCUGGAUUUCUCGUAGAUAGGAGAUGCACAACAUCAACUUGAUUGGUAUCUGGAUGCUCUUUUGAUCUUUUUUUCUUGUAUCAAACUUUAGAGAUGUAUAGCAGUACGAAACUAUUUUGGAUGUAUUUUUUUAUGUGAAGUAAAACCCAAGUAAACCAUUCACAGCAAUCUAAAAAUUAUCACACGAUUCCUCUGUUUAUGUCUGAAAAUCAAACAAACAAG